AUGUUUCUAUGGAAGACAGAUUGUAAACAGAACUUUGGUGCAUUAAGUGAAAAGAUGAAACUGUCACCUUCAGACGAGGAGUCCCCAGUCCCGCCGUGUGAAGACGACCCGCAAGACGAACAUCUGUUACUGAGUUCAGUCGGCGAGUACGGAGUGAGCACGUCGCCUCUGUCCCUGCGCUGUAGGCAGCAGCUCGCACUGGCGUGCUCCGUGAGGCUCGAGCGCCUCCCGUUCCCCAGUAACACCACCGCCGAGGAACAAGCCUACUCGGCCGAUACUCGUCUGACACAUUUCACACACAACUCAAGUUUAAUCACACAUAAACAGGAACAUAUCGUUCACAUACAAGAAACGAAUAAGAAAGCCUACUGUUGCGACAUGUGUAGUGAGCAAUUUACGUCAAAACUUACUUUAAUCCGACAUAUCAGAACACAUACACACCCGGAACAUACAUGCGGAGUUUGUAAAGAAACAUUUGUAAGUAGCUUAUUAUUGAAUAAGCAUUUAAGAUUUCACUCAGAAGAGAGAUCAUACGUGUGUAGGGACUGCAACAAGCGAUACGCAACAAAACUCACAUUCUAUCAACAUAGAAGAAUCCACACUGGAGUGAAACCAUACAUAUGUAAUGAAUGUAACAAGCAAUUCGCACAAAGAGGGACUUUGUUGGUCCAUGCAAGAACUCACAGUGGAGUGAAACCAUACAAAUGUACAGAAUGCAACACGAAAUUUGCACAUAAGCCUUCAUUAGAUAGACAUAUGAGAAGUCACGGUGGAAGGAAAUAUAACUGUGAGCAAUGUAACAAGAAGUUUACACAUCCAGUGAAUUUACAAAAUCACCUGAGAAUGCACACUGGAAAGACGUUUGUCUGUGACCAAUGUAACAAGGAAUUCAUAGCUAAACAUCACUUAAUUAGACAUAUAAAAAUACAUGCCCCUGAAAAACGAGAAAAACUAUACGCAUGCCAAGAAUGUCCCAAGAAAUAUAUUCGUAAAGAUAGUUUAGAUGUACAUUAUAAGGGAAACCAUGUUGGACAGAAACCAUUUAGAUGUACAAUGUGCAACAAGCAAUUCGCACAUAAAUAUAGUUUGUUGCUCCAUGCAAGAACUCACAGUGGAGACAAACCAUACAAAUGUGAAGAAUGUAACAAGCAAUUCGCACAAAGAAGUGAAAAUGGCGGACUGCAGUCCUGCAUUAACAUUCACGGUCCAAUUCGCUACAUGAGUCCUGCUACGCAGGACGUUAUACCACAGACAAUCCUGCGCGGCGGACUGCAAGCGGUGGGCGGGGCUUGUGGGACUUGUAGGAUCCAAGAGGCAUCCUACCUGGGUUUUGUAGGAUAUUGA